AUGCCGCCGCACGGUGUCACCCCCCUGCCCCACCAAUGCUCCGUCCUCCUGCGGCGCCUCGGCGCGAGCCUCUCCCUGGCCUCCUCCUCCUUCCUCCGCGCGCUCCGCUGCCUCCACGCGCGCCUCCUCACCUCCGCGCUCCUCCACGCGCCGCCGCACCCGCACCUCACCCUCCGCCUCAUCCACCUCUACACCCUCUCCCGCGACCUCCCCGCCGCCGCGACACUCUUCCGCGCCGACCCGUGCCCCGUCGCCGCCACUUCCCUCGUUGCCGCGUACGCCGCCGCGGGCCGCCUCCCCGCCGCUGUCUCCUUCUUCGACGCCGUCCCGCCGGCGCGCCGCGACACCGUCCUCCACAACGCCGUGAUCUCCGCUUACGCCCGCGCGUCCCACGCCGCGCCCGCGCUGCAUUGCUCGGUGCUCAAGUCCGGCGCCGGGGGUGCCUUGUCGGUGUCCAACGCGCUCAUUGCGCUGUACGUGAAAUGUGAAUCGCCUGAGGCGACACGGGACGCACGGAAGGUGCUCGACGAAAUGCCGGCUAAGGACGAGCUUACGUGGACUACUAUGGUCGUUGGGUAUGUUAGGAGAGGCGACGUUGGUGCUGCUAGAUCAGUUUUCGAGGAGGUUGAUGGGAAGUUUGAUGUUGUGUGGAAUGCCAUGAUCUCAGGGUAUGUUCAUUCAGGAAUGGCUGUGGAGGCAUUUGAGCUGUUUAGAAGGAUGGUAUUGGAAAGGGUGCCUCUUGAUGAGUUCACAUCUACUAGUGUUCUGAGUGCUUGUGCAAAUGCUGGUUUCUUUGCGCAUGGGAAAUCCGUCCAUGGGUUUGCUGAAGAUGCAUUUAAACUGUUUAACAGGAUGAGGGCUGAGGAUGUCAAGCCGUGUGACUACACCUAUGCUGGCGCUAUUUCUGCAUGUGGUGAACUUGGGUCACUGAAGCAUGGAAAGCAGCUCCAUGGGCAUCUUGUGCAGCUUGGUUUUGAGGGGAGCAAUUCUGCAGGAAAUGCACUCAUUACCAUGUAUGCUAGAUGUGGUGCAGUGAAAGAAGCUCAUCUUAUGUUCCUUGUGAUGCCCAAUAUUGACUCUGUUUCGUGGAAUGCUAUGAUUUCAGCCCUUGGGCAGCAUGGACAUGGAAGAGAGGCACUAGAACUCUUUGAUCACAUGGUUGCUGAAGGCAUAUAUCCCGACAGGAUCUCUUUCCUCACAGUAUUGACAGCUUGUAAUCAUUCUGGUCUAGAGGAUGAAGGUUUUCAAUAUUUCGAGUCCAUGAAGAGGGACUUCGGCAUUAUACCUGGAGAUCGAUAUGCGGCUGAUUGA